AUGAAUAUCAAAGAGAAACAAACAUGUCAAACAAUUUGUAAAGAUUUGAAAAAAAUAAUACCUCAGAAUCGAAGAAAAAUAAGAAGAAGAGCGCCAAAGAAAACUAGCCUUAUUAUUUCACAUCAUUUAAUCGGUGGAUCUUGGAUGUUUAAAGAUAACAACAGCGGAAAGUCUGUUGAUUCCGAGGAUUUGUGUAAUUCCUCUCCAAAAUCUGGUGUAGCUAUUGUUUUCGUCUGUAAUAAUCGAUGGGAACAACUCAACACAAUAUUGCCUAAUCUGAUAUCAAUUUUACAAAAACAACACUUAUGCUAUCGUAUAUUUGUCAUUGAACAAGAAGAGACCACGCUGAUAAAUAAAGCUAUGCUAAUGAAUAUUGGAUUUAUAGAAGCAAUGAAAUUAUUUCACUUUGCUUGUAUUGUAUUUCAUGAUACCGAUUUAAAUCCUUUAAAUGAUCGUAUCCCAUAUGGAUGUGAUGAGCAGACAACUUUAACACCAGUUCACUUGGGUGUUGCAUUAGAUACAAGAAAUUUCACACUUCUCUAUGAUACUUUAAUUGGUGGUGUAUUGAAGAUAUCCGUGGAACACUUUUUAACUGUCAAUGGUUAUUCAAAUAGUUAUUGGGGAUGGGGUCAAGAAGAUGAUGAUAUGGAGAUAAGAUUGAAAACUGCUAAUAUUCAAUAUAUUCAUGCAGAUGAAUCAAUAGCACGUUAUCAAGCUAUACCGCAUAGUCAACAAUCCCAGUCUAUGGUAUCAGAACAUGUGAAAUUACUGAAAACUGCUGUAUGCCGUAUGCCAUAUGAUGGAUUGACAAGUUUAAAUUAUCAUAUUCGAUCAAUUAAGUAUAAGGCAUACUUUACGCAUAUUUUAGUCUCAAUUGGGCCAUAUCCUGGAUAA